CUGGGACCUAUCACUCUCCCACCGACCAAAGCUCCCAUCAAGUUACCAACCAAAGCUCCAAUCAAACCUCCCAUUCUCCCACCAAUUUCCCCUUCUAAGAUUAUCAGGACACUAGCGGCCUUGCGGGGUAUGGUCUACCGCAAAGCCUGCAAAUACGCUGGCGUAAACAAUCCCGAAGGCGCCAAACCUGUUAAAGAUGCGGUAGUGAGACUUUUGUGCAAAAACAAGAACGCGAUAUCGGAGACAAAGACGUGCAAAAAUGGAUACUUCCUGCUAUAUGCCCCUAAAACGGUGACCAACUACGCCAUCAAUGGUUGCCGCGCUUACCUGGUGAAGUCGCCUGACGCUGAAUGCAGCAAAGUGUCAAAGCUCCACGGUGGAUACUUGCGUUCCGUUCUAAAGCCGGUGGCCAAACCGGAAAAUUCAACGGUCAUCUUCUUCACAAGCUGA